CUGCUGAUGUCGGUGAUACGGUAUCUGUCCCUCUAUCACCCUCUACUGCACUAUCGACUGUGGAGAUUGCCUCGCAGAAUGUUCAUUUACAUAAUAUCCAUAUCGGGUGUGCUGAAUGCGUGGCUCUGGGUCAGUGUCAUGAAGGAUAGGGAUGUUGGAGUGGUGGGUUUUGUUAUUAUUUAUUAUAAUUUUUAUGUAUUAUUAUUUAUUAUUAUCGUAUACUAUUUGUUAUUGUGUGGUAUUGUUUGCUGUUAUAUAGUUGUUAGAUUCAUUGAAUUGGCGUCGCGCCAAGAUUUGUUGAGUUGGCAUCACGCCAAGAAAUGCAAGUAUCUUAUUACUUGUUGUUAUUUAUUACUGUUAUUAUUUAUUGUUAUUCAUUGUUGA